AUGCCAAAGCCGAAGUUGCUGACAGCGAGGCGGAAGCUGAGGUUUGUUGCUCUGCUGCUGCUUCUCUUCAUUUUGGCCACGACCCUGCUGUCCCUCAGGCUUGACACUGCCGCCGAUGGCGACGCAGCAGGAGGCGACAGUUACCUCCACUCGCGAGCCGUCGCAGCGGACGACGCGGCGCUUGCCCUCAUCCCACGGAGUGUUGUAGACACGUGGAGCCGGCGGCAGUACCUGCUCGUGCUGGGCAUUCUUUCCACGGAUGACGAGGCGAGGCGGCGGCGACGCAACCUGCAGCGGUCGACGUGCUGGCGCUUCCCCGGUGUGGCAACGCGGGCAAAUGACUUCACCGGUGAAAUGCUUGUGCUGUACUUUUUUGGCCGGCAUCCGGCACACGGCUACAGCUACUCCGCCGCGCUGCAGGAGGAGGCGGCGCUGUGGAACGACGUGGUCGCGCUGCCGAUGAAUGAGGCGCGGAAACCUGGAAAAACAAACGGUUUAUGGGGCAUUGAGGUCGGAAUGAAUAUGGGCCGCAAGACGUACAUGUGGUUUCACUUUGCCCUCCGCACGUUCCCCACCGCCAGCUACCUUGCGAAGGGCGAUGACGACAUUUUCCUCCGUGUGCCGCUCUUCCUGGCCUUCCUGCGCCUUCUGCCGCGCCGAGGCAUCUACAUGGGGGCCCAUGCCGGAACGGGAAUUCACGUGCACAACCGCUCAUUAGGUGUGACCUUCAUGGUGGGCCUUUGCUACACUUUGUCGAGAGAUGUGGCUGAGGCGCUGGUAUCCUACGGGCCGCUGCGGCGCUUUGCGCUUUUACCGAACGCGACAGGGCAGGAAGAGGAGUUCACAAAAAUUCGUAUGAGUGAUGACAUCAUGGUGGGCCGGAUCCUGCUACAGGAGGUGAAGAUCCCUUCCCUGAUUCUCGUGAAGGUGCUGCCCUGUCAUUUCCAUGACGUCCGCAACGAUACGGGGCACUCGCUGGUGGUGCCGACCUCCAUGUGUGUCCACCAUGUACAGGGGGACGACUACGCUGCGCUCAUGGCCCGCUUCGGCCACAACACGUCGCCCCCCGCCCGUAUACGACGGGCCUCGGGAGAUACGAUAUACCCGCUGUGCGAUUGA